AUGUAUUCUAGCAUAUUCACAAAUCCAUAUGCCAUAGAAGUACUGAAAACUAAAAAGAAUGAACUUGUGGAAGGCAUAAAAAACCCUGAUCACCUUCUGAACUGGCUGAUAGAAAAUGGUGUCCUUACGGCUGAGAAAAAAAUGAUUUUAUCCUACUAUAGAACACGAACGGCAAAGAACUCCCGCGUUUUGGAUAUCUUGGCUUCUCAAGGUGAGCGAGCUUGCAGACUUUUUUUUUAUCCAUGCUUGAAACAGAUUGAGCCACACUUAUAUAGCAAUAUGAGGAAUUAUGUGAGUGAUGUGAAUGGGAAAAUUGGAGAUUCAAGAAGACAACUGAUAGGGUAUCUCCUUGAAAAAGAUAAAGGAUGGGUUCAAAAGGAUAAGGCUCCAUAUCAAGAGAAAAAAGAUAGCCCUAGACCUAUUAAGCCAAAAAAGCUGAUUUGUGAUAAACCUAAAGAAAAAACCACUUUGGCAGCAGGACAAUCUCUAGACAAUGACCUUAAUGUUCCUACUGUCUUUGAUUUCGUGAGGAAAGGAAUUCUUUCUGAUUUGGAAAAAGCCUUAAAUGUGAGUAAUGUGAAUGCAACAAACUCUGCAAAUGAAACUCUCUUACACAUUGCAGCAGCUCAUGGGCACACUGAAAUAAUUGACUAUUUAAUCAGCAAAGGUGCCAAACUGGAGGUCAAGGAUAACAAAGGAAGAACCCCACUACACAGAGCUGCUGGGAGAGGUCAUGAUAAAGCAGUAAAAAUGCUGCUCCAAGCUGGUGCCAACAUGUACAGUUUUGAUCAAGAAGGCAAAACCCCACUUCACUUGGCCAAUCAGAACCAGCAUAUUCAUGUUCUAAAGAACAUUUUGAAAGAAGAGACAAGACGACACAAGAAUCAGCACAACUUCCUGCACAUGACUGCUCUCAAGGAUGAUAGUGACCUGGUUCAAAUACUUUUAAAAAAUGGUGCUUUGAUAGAUGCCAAGGAUGAGAGACACCAGACUGCCUUGAGCUAUGCUGUGUCUAAGGGAUAUGAGAAGACUGUCAAGGUACUGUUGGAAGGUGGAGCCAAUGUUGAUUCCAACAUAACUGAUGCAGCCUUUAAUAGCAACAACCAAUCUCUCUUCAAAUUAUUGCUGGAAUAUGCCAGAGGAUUGUCAUCUGAAACUAUGGUAUCAACCCUGUUUAAAGCCAUAGAAAAAGAUCUGCAUGGCAUUGUAGCAGCUUUAAUUGAAAGAGGUACAGACAUUAAUGUCCGUAAUGAAGAGCAGUACACACCAUUGCUUGUGGCAUGUGAAAUGGGGAAGAUUAAGUCAGCAAAAGUUCUCAUUGAGAAGGGAGCCAACUUGAAGGACAAGGCUCCUAACUCAAGUAGUACCUUACACCUAGCAGUUCAAGCUGGGGCCUUUUCCAUUGCAAAGAUGCUUCUCCAGAAGGGGAUAGAUCCUAACAUUACAGCUCAAGGAGAUCAAACUCCCCUCCAUGUUGCUGCAAUACACAAUAGAGGAGCCUUAGUUGACUUAUUAAUUGAAGGAGGAGCUAAAAUUGAUGGAGUCACCAUAGAACUAUUUACUCCAUUGCACAUGGCAAGCUAUAAAGGUCACGUUGAUGUAGCUCUAAAGCUGUUGCAACAUAGAGCCAAUGUCAACCUCAAGAAUAAGCGAUCAAAGACACCUCUUCAUCUUGCAGCUGAAGUGGGGAAUCCUGCUAUGGUGGGACUGCUUCUGAAUUCCAAGGCAGAUCCAAAUGCAACAGAUAAAGAGAAAAAGACUCCACUUCAUUUUGCAACUAAGGGAGGCCAUUUUUAUGCAGUAAAAUCACUGUUAGUUAAUAAGUCUAGAGUUGGAAGCAAAGACAUGGAUGGCUGCAUGCCAAUGCAUUAUGCAGCCAUCAACGGGAAUAUGGAGAUACUAAAAGAACUUUUGACUGCUGGAGAUAAUAAAAAUAUCAAUGACAAAAAUAUUUGGAGAAAGACACUAUUGCAUCUUGCAGCAGAACAUGGACACAGUAAUUUAAUAAUUUUUUUGUUGAGCAAUGGCUCAGCAAUUAAUGCCUUAGACAACAAUAAAGAUACCCCAUUGCAUUGUGCUUGCAAAGCUGGUCAUUUGGAUUCUGUAAGCGCACUGCUCAGCUGGUCUGCACAAGAUAAAGCAAAUCUACAGGCUACUAAUAGCUUGAAGAAGACACCACUGCAAGUAGCAGAAUCCAGUGCCACUGAACACCAAGCUCAAAUUGUUAAUCUUUUGAAAAAGAAAAUGUUACUGAUAAGGUAG